AUUUUCUUGAGUUAGUUUUCGCUGAUGUUUUUCUCAACUUGAAGAUCUUCUGAAUUCGCAUCAUAGGUGGUAAUACAGAGCCCUGGUGGCAUACUGUACUCGAGUACAGGACGGCACACCUACAUACGAACACGCCACUAGAAACAGUUUGCAUCCACUAAAUUUACCCCAUCAUCUCGGGCCUUUUCUCUGGAAAGAGUCCUAGAUCUAUGCACUAGAACUUCAAAGGAAGAAACUGUCCUGCAAACACGGCUCAACAUCUGCAUCUUGAAACUCCUGUCCAAUCACCAAGAUCACAAGUGAUACCGGGUGCAUAUUGCCCCUCACUACAUCCUUCAAUUGGUACUACCCCGCGUACACCUCGGUGCGGAGUGAAUAAAAAAAACGAUGAGCAACAUGGCUUUUUCGUGGUCCUUUGUCUCCCCCUCGUACCUGUACUUGGAAUUCUUAUAUAACCACCUCGCAAGCUACCAUGCAUUUCCUUCCUCUCCUCUCCUCCACAAUGUCUGGUUUUGGUACUGGAUUCUAGUACUCAUCUCCACUUUCCAUCUCUAUCUUGACGACCGGCGGAAUAUGGCUUCCAAGGGUCCUUUGGUUCUCUUGGGCAUCCUUGCUACUUUACUUUUCACUACUUGGGCGCAGAAUCCGACGACCACCACUACUAGUUUCCGUCCUGUUUUUACUGUUCCGGCGGAUUCUGAUGCUUCGGUUCCGCUUUUGCCUAAUAUUAGGGAUCCCGAGGCGAAGAAUGCGCAGGAUGUGUGUCCGGGAUAUAAAGCUGAGAAUGUUGUGAGAAAUGAGUUUGGGUGGACUGCAACUCUUUCUCUUGCUGGGAAGGCUUGUAAUGUCUAUGGGACGGAUGUUGAUGCACUCAACCUUACUGUUGAAUAUCAAUCUGCGGAUCGUUUGCAUGUUCAGAUUACGCCCUCUCAUGUUGACGCAUCGAAUGCUUCCUGGUAUAUAUUACCAGACGAGUUAGUCCCCCAACCGAAAAUCGAUGCAGAUUCCAGUACAACCUCUUUAUCCAAUGAUUUGGAGUUUGUUUGGGAUAACGAACCGACAUUUCACUUCUCGGUUCUCCGGAAAUCCACGGGAGACACUUUGUUUUCUACCACUAGAUCCAAGAUCGUUUUCGAGAACCAAUUCAUCGAAUUUUCCAGCACACUUCCUGAGAAUUACAACCUGUACGGAUUAGGAGAAGUGAUUCAUGGCUUCCGAAUGGGGAACAAUUUCACGCGAACAAUCUACGCAGCAGAUGUUGGAGAUCCAAUCGACACGAAUUUAUACGGAAGCCAUGCAUUCUAUCUCGAUACUCGAUAUUAUUCAAUCAACUCAUCGACAGGGAAUCUCGCUUAUGUUGCUAAUGCCACGGACAUGGAGGCAGAGUAUGUCUCUUACUCUCAUGGUGUAUUUCUGCGAAAUUCGCAUGGACAGGAGAUUUUGAUGAAACCUGAGAAUAUCACUUGGAGGACUUUGGGCGGGGACAUUGAUCUGUUUUUCUAUGCUGGACCGAGCCAGGAGGAGGUUACGAAGGCGUAUCAGGUUAGUACUGUGGGAUUGCCGGCCAUGCAGCAGUAUUUCACUUUUGGAUAUCAUCAGUGUCGAUGGGGAUAUGCGAAUUGGUCGCAACUUCAGGAGGUGGUGGAUAACUUUGCUCGUUUUGAGAUUCCGCUUGAGAAUAUUUGGUACCCCACUCCUAUUUCACUCUGCCUCAACUAUCUCGCUAAGGUCUUGAUACAGGACGGACAUCGAUUAUAUGAACCAAUAUCGGGAUUUUGAAAAUGACCAGAAUACCUUUCCCUAUGAAGAAGGGAGGACUUUCUUGAAGAAAAUCCAUGAUAAUGGUCAACAUUAUAUCCCGAUUGUUGAUUCUGCGAUUUAUAUACCCAACCCGGAGAAUGCUAGCGAUGCUUAUCCUACUUUCAAUAGAGGGAAUGAGACGCAGAGUUUCAUGUUGAAUCCGGAUGGGAGUUUGUAUAUUGGGUCUGUGUGGCCGGGUUAUACUGGUAUGUCUUCUGUUAUAUUUCUUUGUCCAUGCCUCUCGGCCUUGAAUCUCCAGAGAACAAAAGCUAAGUUUUUGAAUAGUGUUUCCUGAUUGGAUUGGAGCAGUACUAAACGGUACUGGAGCUUUCAAUUGGUGGACUAACGAACUCUCAACAUGGUAUAAAGAAAUUCCCUUCGACGGAAUCUGGAUCGACAUGAGCGAAGUAAGUUCCUUCUGCGUCGGCUCCUGUGGAAGCAAAAACGUCACCUUGAACCCCGUCCACCCACCAUUCAGUCUCCCCGGCGAACCAGGAAACGUAAUCUACGACUACCCCGAAGGGUUUAACCUCACGAACGCCACCGAAGCCGCAUCAGCAUCCGCUGCAAAAGCAAGUCAAGCUUCCUCUGCCGCAGAAGUUCCAGCUCCAUUCUCAAGCUCAACAUCAACCGAAUAUCUUAGAACGACGCCAACGCCUGGAAUGAGGAGCGUUGAGUACCCGCCGUAUGUAAUAAAUCACGUUCAAGGAGCCCUAGACGUCCACGCCGUCUCCCCAAACGCAACACACCACGGCUCCACGCAAGAAUACGACUACCACAACCUCUUCGGCCACCAAAUCCUCAACGCAACCUACCACGCCCUCCUUUCCGUCUUCCCCACCAAACGACCCUUCAUCAUCGGCCGCUCAACCUUCGCCGGAAGCGGGAAAUGGGCAGGUCACUGGGGCGGAGAUAAUGCAUCCAUCUGGGCGCAUCUCUUCUUCGCCAUCCCACAAGCCCUUUCCUUUUCCCUCUUCGGGAUCCCAAUGUUUGGUGUUGACACCUGUGGUUUUGGAGGCAAUUCCGAUGAGGAGCUGUGUAAUCGGUGGAUGCAGGCGAGUGCUUUCUUCCCCUUCUAUCGCAAUCACAAUACGCUCUCUGCGAACCCGCAAGAACCCUAUGUUUGGGCCUCCGUCAUUGAGGCGAGCAAGAAGGCCAUGGCCAUUCGGUAUUUACUGUUGCCGUAUAUGUAUACACUCUUCUACCAGGCGAGUACGCAGGGAAGCACCGUCAUGCGUGCACUCGCGUGGGAAUUUCCCCACGAGCCCCUCCUCGCUAGCGCAGAUAGACAGUUCAUGCUCGGUGGUUCGCUUCUCAUCACCCCCGUCUUGACGCAGGGGGCUACCAGUGUGCAGGGUGUCUUCCCCGGCGUGGGAAAGGAGGAGAUCUGGUACGAUUGGUAUUCUCAAUCCUCGGUACUUGCGAAGCCCGGGGAGAACGUCACGAUUGCGGCGCCGCUAGGUCAUAUACCUGUGUAUAUCCGUGGCGGCAGUGUUUUGCCGACCCAGGAACCGGGGUUGACGACGAGGGAGUGUCGGAGGAAGCCUUGGGGCUUGAUUGUGGCGAGUGGUGGGGAGGGGAGUGCGAGGGGGGUGCUGUAUGUUGAUGAUGGGGAGAGUUUGGUGCAGGAUGCUACGUUGGUUGUUGAUGUAUGUCUUUUUUCCCCUUUUUUCUUCCGUGGGUCGGAUAAGGAUUUGAGGGAAGGUUACUGAUUGAGAAGUAGUUUUCACUGAGUGGCAAGACGCUUUAUGCUACGGCGAGGGGGGCGUAUAAGGAUACCAACCCGCUUGCUAAUGUUACUAUCUUGGGUGUCCAGGAAGGGGUGAGUACCGUCACUUUCAAUGGGAAGGCUGUGGAAGGUGGUUGGAGGUAUAAUUCAACGAGUAAGGUUCUGGAUGUUGGGCAGUUGAAUGAUAUGACGGCUAAUGGCGCGUGGGCGAGUGAUUGGACUUUGAAAUGGACGUGAGAAUGUGAGGGAAGGGAACUUGGGAAUGUGUCAAGGUUGUGAUGUAUAGUAUAAUUUACAAUAAAAAUAAGGGAAUCGAAAGUGAUCUCAUAGCAUGGACGUUUGUCAGGAUCAAUACCCUAGCCAAAUCAAACCUCAUACAUCUUUCGGCCUAUA